CCCUAAAACCCUUCCAAACCCCUUCAACAUCACACCAAUCACAACACAUCCAAACAUUCUUAGUCGACAAGAUCUUGAUGCGAUUAAAACAGGGUAACCUCAAUUCAUCCAACGAUCAUCUCUUUCAAUUAACCCCAUCUUCGUUCAUCGAUGUCAUCUAUCGUUGUCGUCAUAAUCCACAAUUAGGUCAAACCUUUCUCGAUACAAUCGCCUCUAAUCAUCCCAAAUUCAAGCAUUCAUCGAUCUCGUUGAGUGCAGCGAUUCACCUACUCACCAGAAAUCGAAGAUUAUCCGAUGCUCAAGCUUUGUUGCUUCGAAUGGUUCGAAAAAGUGGCGUCUCGCGAGGUAUGAUUGUUGAUUCUUUACUAUCGACAUAUGAGAAAUGUGGAUCUAAUCCUGCUGUUUUCGAUCUACUGAUUCGAACUUAUGUGCAAGCUAGGAAGGUAAGGGAAGGUGUGGAGGUGUUUAGAUUGGUUAGAAAUAGGGGGAUUUGUGUUCAUGUCAAUGGCUGCAAUGGUGUUCUUGGUGGGAUUGUGAAAACUGGUUGGAUUGAUUUGGCAUUUGAGGUGUAUGAUGAGAUUGUUUCGAGUGGAAUUCGAGUUAAUGUGUAUACGAUGAACAUCAUGGUUAAUGCGGUUUGUAAGGAGGGAAAGUUUGCGAAAGUGAAGGCGUUGUUAACGGAAUUCGAACGGAAGGGCGUUUUGCCGGAUACUGUGACGUAUAAUACGUUGAUCAAUGGUUAUUCUCGUGUCGGGCUUCUUGAUGAAGCUGUUGAAAUGAUGAACGAUAUGCGAAGUAAAGGGAUGGAACCGGGAUUAUAUACGUACAAUGCUUUUCUAAAUGGUGUUUGUAGGAACGGGAGUUUUGAAAACGCGAAAGAGGUUUUGAAAGAGAUGGUGCGUAUCGGGCUGAAUCCUGAUACUGCUAGUUACAACACGUUGUUGGUCGAGUGUUGUCGAAAGCAUAAAGUUACGGAAGCCGAAACCAUUUUUGGAGAAAUGUUGGAGAACGAUCUUGUUCCCGAUUUUGUAACUUAUAGCUCGCUUAUCGGGUUGUUUUCAAGAAACGGAAAUCUUGAUCGGGCUCUAGCUUUCUUCAACGAUAUGAAAAGCAUUGGGUUGGUACCGGAUAAUGUUAUCUACACGAUUCUAAUCAACGGCUUUUGUAGACAUGGUGUGAUAUCAGAGGCGAUGAAGAUUCGGGAUGAAAUGUUGCAUCAGGGAUGCGUUUUGGAUGUGGUUACGUACAAUACCCUUUUGAACGGAUUCUGCAAGAACAAGAUGCUUCUUGAAGCAGACAGACUUUUCUCCGAGAUGGUCGAAAGGGGCGUAUAUCCGGAUUUUUACACUUUCACGACACUUAUCAACGGGUAUUCCAAAGAAGGAGACAUGAACAAAGCGUUAACUUUGUUCCACUCGAUGCUUCAAAGGAAUCAAAAACCGGAUGUUGUAACAUACAACACGUUGAUUGAUGGUUUCUGUAAGGAAGGCAAUAUGGAAAAAGCUAAUGAGUUGUGGAACGAUAUGAUAUCUAAAAGUAUGAUUCCGAAUCAUAUUACGUACAGCAUUCUAAUUAACGGGUAUUGCAGCAUGGGUCGUGUAGUAGAGGCGUUGCGGAUAUGGGAUGAGAUGAUUGGAAAAGGCAUCGAACCCACGAUUUUGACUGGUAACACCAUUGUUAAGGGCUAUUGCAGGUCUGGAUCACCCAGAGAAGCAGCUAAGUUUCUUGAUAAACUGGCUGCUAACGAUGUUAUACCUGAUAGGAUUACGUAUAAUACGCUUAUUCAUGGAUAUUUGAUGGAAGACGAUAUGGAUAAAGCUUUCGACUUGGUCCACAAGAUGGAAAGUCAAGGGAUGUUACCGGAUGUUGUUACGUAUAACGUGAUUCUUGACGGGUUUUGUAAACAGGGCCGAAUGCAUGAAGCUAAUAGGACGUACAACAAAAUGAUCGAAAAGGGUUUAAAUCCCGAUAGAUCCACAUUCGUAUCGUUGAUAAAUGGGCAUGUUUCACAGGAUAACCUAAAGGAAGCAUUUCGGUACCAUGAUCAAAUGCUGCACAGGGGUUUCGUCCCUGAUGAUAAAUUCUAAUUUACAAACCCUUUCGGAUAGCUUAACAGAUGUUCACUGGUUUGAGUCCCGUUAGGGCCACCGGAGGUUUGCUUUGUUGUUAACUUCAAGGGUUUAUGGUUUAGGGUUCAAGGGACCAUGGCGAUUAGUUGAUGUGCGGUAAGCAACAUAUGCUCCUUCCAUUCCCAACAAAGAGGUUUCAACAAUUCUACCAUGUUGGUUGAUCAAUCAAAGGCGUGAUCAGGAAAGGAAGACUAAUUUUCGAGUCUG